AUGAGCGCCGAAGCCGCUGAGGAGCCGUUCGACGAAGCGGCUUCUAGUCCCUAUCUGUUUGUGGAUGGGGAGGUGAAUUCAAACUUUGAACUUCAGAUUUUCACUGCUGAUUUUGCUACCGGCAGCCCAGCAUUUCCAUUGCUGCUGAUAGCUGAGUUUGAGGGAAAGUCUUUAGUAGCUGUUCCAAGUCAAGCAUGGCACCGCAGUUCCAAUCGCCGCAGGAUGGGCGUACCAGGUGCUCUUUCCAAGCCAACUGCAGUCGAAGUACUUGCAGCAAAAUUAGAUACUCCGCAAGUCAGUGCCGAAGGGAUCAAUUUGAAGACAUGGAUUGGAUACCUUCGAGCAGAUCUUUUGACUCAUUUGCAGCCGUACUCCGAGACGGAGAACUGCGACUUUCAUUUUCUGGAGGAGGAUGGCGAAGUUUACAUCCCCCUAGCGGCUUCAUUGAUUGCAGCCGCCCAGGAUCAUUUUGCCUUUUUCUCAGCUCAAGAGGAAGUCGCUCCGCAGACUCGUGGCGUGCGCGACGACUUGGACGGAGAGCCGCUGGGAGAACCAGGAGAACCUGGAUUGGCAGCCUUGGGCGCAAGAAUGACUCAGGUGGAGAGUGUGUUGGAUUUUCUUCAAGAUGGCAUGAGGACCUUGAUGGCUCAACAGAGCAUGGGACAAAGGAGGCAGCCUGCGGCUUCACAGGCCUACCGGGAGACCCCGGCAGCUCCAACUGCCCAGCCGAAAUGUGUAGUGCAGGCAGCCCUGCAGGCGGAUGUGCCAAUGUCGAGUCUCAAGCAGAUGGAGGAUGUUGUUUCCCAGAAUGUCAAGGCCAAGAAGGUGAACGAUGUCAAGACCGGGGUGACUCUAGAUCCUCUGUCAGAGCACGAGGACGCGCUCGAAGUUGCAGCACGAGAGGCAGAAGAUGCUGGGUAUCAGGAAGAAGGCCUUCCUGUUGGCCGUACUUUGGACAAGCUCACUGCGAUCAUGGAGAUGUUGACAGAGGAGCGAUGCAAGAAGGCCUCAACCUCGAAGUUGGAUGCGGCACUGGACAAUGUUCAGGGCUCGGGAUCAGAUGCUACGUCUUUAGGCUCUGGCAAGAAAAGUGCCGCGGCGAGAAGAGCGCUGAGAACGGCUUUUCAAGAUCAUCCCAAGGAGAUAUACAAGAUGGUGGAGCGCCUCAUGUACGAGGAUCUGAACGCUCAGACUUUGCCUCCAGGUCAGCUACCGAGAGGCCUAUCAGCAAGAGCUUGGGUCGAGUUUCGCAGUCGGAUCACUGCCUACAAGGCCUCAGCUUACAGUGCCUGGUCGCUCAGUGGUGUCUUGGACAGCCUGAUUGCAGGCAACAUCUCUCAAGCGCGAGCUCGAGCUUGCUUGGGGCUGCUUCAGAUCGACCAAGCAUGCAUCGAUCGUGGCAACUAUGUAUUGGCAGCCGAGUUGAGCCUCGAGAUUGGGCCUCCGCUGAAUGCCCUCAGCCAGCAUGUAGCGCCCGACAUUCAGCAGGGCGAAGCACCGUUUUCCAGACUGCUGGACAGCCGAUGGGCCGAGAUAGCACUGGGGCACCUCAGGGACCAGGAGGACUAUUUGAGUCGCCGACGAAAUAUCGGCAAGGGUCAGAAUGCAAAGUCGGAGAGCACCGACGAGAUUGCCACGCACUCCCCAAAGAGAAGGCCAAAACCGGCUGCAAAGCCGAAGGCUUCCCAGCAGAGCUCCGACAAGGGCCAAGUGUUGACACUUGACUGGUUCCAUUUGGGAUGCCCGGAAGUGGCUCCUUCUUUUCUCUUUUUGGGAUCAAAGCUCAGUGCAAAGCAGUGGUCGGCCAUUAGAAUGAUGGAGUUCCUGGCUUUUGAUCGGAAUUCACCUAAAUUCGUAACUGCCGCCGAGAUGGGUCGUUCAGCGACAAAAGUUGAAGAUUUGCAAGAAUGCAUGGAUGUUCUUGGCAGAGCAGUUGUUUCUUUGCAUGAUUUUGAUGGCAGCUACAGCCCUUUGAAGCCAUCAAGAUGUGGUAUUUUUGAUGAGACGUUGUCAUCUGGUCAGGUUGUUGGAAGAGUCGACAAGGACCCGGUUAUGACUGCCAAGCCGCUUGAGGCUACGCGUUUGAAUUUUCCUGGGCCACCUUCUUUCAACCCACGCCCCUACAUGGAUGCUGAAACUAUUGAGCGAUAUGAUUCUCCACUACAGACUGGUCAUGAGCUUGGUGAAAUUUCAGAGGAUCCACCUCGUGUUUCAGUUAGAGCAACAAAGGAAAACAAACUGCUCCUGUACCGCAAGUUGGCUGAAUCUGGACGACUCAAACCAGUGAAGAAAUCAACCGUCCUUGUGAAUUUUUCAUCUGGUUUGUUUGCUGUUGGAAAGGAUCAUUUACGAGACCGGCUGGUACUGGAUGGGCGGCCAGCGAACCUGGCCGACAAGGCCCAGAAGAAAUGGGCCAGGGCUAUGGCUUCAGCGUCAACUCUUUCCCAACUUCAUUUGCCUGCUGAAUUUGAUUUGUGUAUUUCUGGGGAGGACCUUAGAGAUUUCUUUUAUCAAUUUCAAGUUGGAGAUGAACGUGUGCGAAGGAAUGUGCUGUGUGACCCUGUCGAUCUAUGUGAUGCUCCAGCUGUAUUUGGUGACGGUUUUUCUUGGGAUGAAGAUCCUGUCUAUGUGGGUUUAUCCACGUUGGCCAUGGGUGAUGUCAAUGCAGUUGAAUUUGCGCAGAGCAGUCAUCUAGGACUUUGUUUGCAGCACGGUGUUGCAUUGCCACAUGAACUAUUGACAUUAACUGGUUCUGUUCCCCGUGGUUUGUUGCAAGUUGGAAUCAUUGUAGAUGACCUCAUUGUACUUGAACAAGUUCUCAAGUCAAUUAGAAGCCAUGACCCUCCUUUGCCUACGCAAGCUGAUGAUCGAAUCAACAAAGCCUUGAGCGCAUAUGCCAGCGUUGGCUUGGAGCAUAAUCCGAAGAAGGAGUUCAAAAAUGAAACCUGCGCUCGCUUCUGGGGGCUUGAAGUUGACGGCGAAAAAGGUUUGCUGCGGGCUUCAACACUCCGUUUGUGGCCUUUGUGUUUGAUCACUAUGAGGGUAGUCAGACUGGGUCUAGCAACAGUGAGCCUUCUGGAAUCACUUGCUGGCAGUUGGGUUUCCAUUUAUGGGGUCAGACGGAAACUUUUUUGCAUUCUCAACCUCAUUUUUGAACCAUUGGGAAUACCCGAUCAGAAAAAAGUGCUGCGACUUUCUCCUGAGCUGAUCUCAGAACUGUGUUGCCUGGUCAUUAUGGGAACCCUUUGUGUAGUUAACCUACGAGCUGGCUUCUUCGAUCAUGUGGUGGCGACAGAUGCAUCUGAAAAAUGGAUGGCGGGGGCAUGUGAGAUUUUGUUGUCCUUUCGUGAUGAUCAGUUUUUCUUCUCUGGUGAUAUCAAAGUGAUUACUCAACCUGGGGCUCUUGAUCUUUUUUCUGGCAAAUGUGGUGUAGCAAGGGCUAUGGUAAAAGCAGGAGCGCCGUGGGUGCUUACAUUUGAUUGGGAGCGUUCUGCAAGUGAGGAUUUGCUUGAUUGUGAAGUUCGAAUGAAACUCCUUCGCCUUAUUCAGCUCGGCGCCUUCAAAAGUGUCGGUGCUGCUCCCAUUUGCUCCAGCUUUUCAGUUUGGGACGCCAUGGCGAAAAGCGACAAGGAGCACCCAAUUGCCUCGCUCGCCGUGGAGCAGAGCCUCCGCUGGCUGCUGAACGUGACUGGGCUGGACGCGGAGGACGCAGCGCUGGUAUCUGCGUCGGUGGAGGAGGUCAAUGGCACGGAGGAUGCAGCAGACAUCCUCUUUGAGAUUGAGCUUCCCACGCAGAAUGCCACGACGCUGCUGGCGCAACUGGUCGAAGUCUUCGAGGAGAAGCAGCACGUCUUUGCCGUUCAGGCAGCUCUUCGCAACACGGGCGUCGACUCCUUGUGGAACGCCAGCAUUUUGGAGUUCUUCGUCAACUUCAGCGUCGAGGACGAGAAUUUGACCGCAGACCUGGCCUACGUGGUGCCGCCGCAGAUUUUUGCACAAGCUGCUCCGUUGGAAGAGCUUCCGGCGGAGUAUCUGACGCUGAUCAUUGCGGCGUCGGUGAUUGUAUGUCUUUGUUGUACAGUGGCCAUUUAUAUCGUCAGGUAUUUCGGCGGUUUCUCGGCCAAAGAAGAACCGGAGGUAGAGGUUCCGGUCAGCUCCAGUGCUGGCGUGAUGCCAGAUGGAAAGGCGGUCAUCUCAGGUUCGCAGGUGAUGAUCCGUGAACCUCCAGAAGAGGAGAUCAACCACCGCUGA